AUGUUAGAACUUCUGCAAGCCAAAUAUGAGCAUUGCUAUGAAGUUUACGAAUCCUGUACCGCGAAACUCAGUGAACAAGUUGAGCGAGUGAAAACUCAAACGGCCAACGCCAAUUCCAACACCCUGCCCAUUCCGUUUUCGUCCGGUUGCCGACUACCGCCAUGCGACACUGAGGUUUUCGAAGGAGACUAUUUGAAAUGGCCAACAUUUAGGGAUCUUUUUACCGCAGUUUAUGUCAACAAUCCUAGGUUGACAGCGGUCGAAAAACUUUUCCAUCUCAACGCUAAAACUAGCGGCGAGGCUAAGGCAAUCGUAUCCAAAUACCCUCUUACAAAUGAGGGUUUCGAUUCAGCUUGGGAAGCACUUCGAGACCGUUUCGAAAAUAAGAGACUGCUAGUAAAUAGCCAACUCAAACUGCUUUUUAAUUUGGGUUCCGUAAAUCCCGAAUCUGGCCAGGCACUGAAAGACCUACAGAGCACAAUCCAAGGGUGUUUGAUAGCGCUGGCUCAUUCCAACAUUUCCACAGAGAACUGGGACUGUCUCCUGGUAUUCCUGUGCGCCAGUAGAUUGCCGAAACUGACCCUUUCCUUAUGGGAGCAGUCCCUUUCAUCCAAGUCCGACAUUCCGACCUGGGAUGAAAUGAACACGUUUCUUAGCGAACGAUACCGAACGCUAGAGGCGAUUGAGGAGAUGAAACCCAGCCACAGCAAUCACUCUACCGCUAAGAGUCAAUCCGUUCCCAGGAAGCUCAACUCUUUCGAAGCCAAGGUAGUUACUAAACCAAAGAAUUGCGACCUGUGCUCAAAAGAGACGGUGCAAGGGGCCGCUACCGGUCUAGAAAAUCCGCCCAGUGUGCAGAACUAUUUCGCAACCGGUGCUAGAGCGGUUUUGCUAGGCACGGCCAUUAUUGAUAUAUGCCACUUGGGAACGAACUACAGGGCUCGUGCUCUAAUAGACUCGGGUUCUGAGGCAACGUUUAUUUCGGAACGCCUGUUCAAUCUGAUUAAGCUGCCAUUCCGCCUUAUCCAAGCCCAAGUUUCGGGAUUAAAUCAAACCGUUUCCGCUCAGGCGCCCAAGCUCUGCCAUUUUUCUAUUCGAGCCCCUAAUAAGCCAGGCCUUCAGCUAGAAACCACAGCUUACGUCUUGCCCGAACUGGCUGGAAUGCUUCCGUCGUACCCAAUUCCACGAGAUGGGCUGGUUAAUUUACCGGCCAUCCAACUGGCAGAUCCAACAUUUUUAGAGAGUUCCCAGAUAGAUGUUCUGAUCGGAGCCGACAUUUUACCGUCCGUGUGGCUGAGCGGCACGCGCACCAACAUUUGCGGCUCUCUGCUAGGACAAGAGACUAUUUUCGGCUGGGUGCUUACCGGCCCAGUGUCCAAUGCAUCAGUCCAAAAGCGGGUAGCAGCUUUCACGACCCAGAUAACCGAAACAAGUGACAGGGUCUUAGAAAAACUUCUCACUAAGUUUUGGGAGGUGGAGAAUAUACCAACAAGGAGGGUAAAGGAAUCCGAUUCCUAUUGCGAGAGCAAUUUUCUCCAAACCACCACUAGAGACGCAAGCGGGAAAUACGUGGUAACGUUACCGUUUCGCGAACCCGAAAAUUUCGGAUCCAAAUUGGGGCACUCGCGAUCCAUUGCCCUAGCUCAGCUUCUUAGGAACGAAAACCGUUUAAAAAGAGACUUUCCACUAAAAGAGCAAUAUGACUCAGUCAUUCAAGAGUAUUUGGAUCUGGGUCACAUGAGAGAAGUUCCCCCGUCUUACGAUACUCCAAACUAUUAUCUUCCACACCAUGCUGUGAUCAAACCCGAGAGCACCACCACCAAACUACGCGUGGUAUUCACAGUGUUGAGACAGAGUUCCACCUGGUCGCACAAGGGGCUAUCAGUUUAA